AUGUAUUUUAACCCCGUCAAGCUCCUCAUCAGCAAGCCAGUAAAGGGGACUCCCCAGCUGGGUGAAGGAAAUUCUCUUGCACUUGCAAGACGCGUGCGCAAACCGCCAAACUGUGAUGCAUAUAAGGGUCGAUUAUUUACUUGCUCCAACCGUGUGGAUCCAGUCUGUGCAAACAAUGGUCGUACUUACUACAAUGGAUGUGUUUUCUGCGCUGUAAUGUUACUUGAUAAAAUGUCUUUCUUCUCAUCAAGUAUCAAAAUUAUUUUCAUCACUGCCUUGGCAUUUUCUCUUUACUCUGUCCUGGUAGAAGGAAAUUCUCUUGCACUUGUAAAACCCUUGCGUACUCCGCCAAACUGUAGAGCAUAUAAGGGUCGAUUUUCUCUGUGCACCAACCAAGUGGAUCCAGUCUGCGCAAGAAAUGGUCAGACUCUAAAACACGAAUUAAAUUUCGGCAUUAUGGGAGAUGCGGAUAGGCACCCCCCUUUGUCCCCUGUGGUAGACACUGUGCAGGGCCAGGUCCUGGGGGAGUAUGUCAGCCUAGAAGGCUUUGCACAGCCUGUGGCCGUUUUCCUGGAAAUCCCGUUGGCCAAACCUCCGCUAGUACCCCUGAGGUUUGCUUGUCUGCAGCCUGCCGAGCCAUGGAUCUUCCUGAAGAACGCCACCUCCUACCCUCCUAUGUGCUCCCAAGAUGCCCUGUCAGCCCCUGUGCUCUGGGAGCUCUUUCCCUUCAGAGAGGAGAACAUUCCUCUCAAGUUCUCCGAAGACUGCCUUUACCUAAACAUCUACACUCCUGCCCACUUGAGGAAGAAGAGCAGGCUGCUGGUGAUGGUGUGGAUCCACGGGGGUGCUCUGGUGGUAGGCGGGGCAUUAACCUAUGAUGGGCUUUCCCUCUCUGCCCAUGAAAACCUGGUGGUGGUGAUCAUUCGGUACUCCCUGGGCGCCUGGGGAUCCUUCAGCAUAGGGGAUGAACACAGCCAGGGCAACUGGGGUCACUUAGACCCGCUGGCUGCGCUGUUGCUGGGUCCAGGUCAGGAAUACAUUGCCAAUUUUGGAGGGGACCCAGGUUCCGUGACCAUCUUCGGAGAGUCUGCGGGAGGUGAAAGUGUCUCUGUUCUUGUGUUAUCUCCCCUGGCCAAGAAUCUCUUCCAUCCGGCCAUCUCCCAGAGUGGUGUGUCCCUCACCUCUGGCCUGGUCAAGAAAGACAUCAAGGCCACAGCUCAGCAAAUCGCUACCUUUGCCGGCUGUCAAACCACCACCUCAGCGGUCAUGGUGCACUGCCUGUGCCAGAAGUGGGAGGACGAGCUCCUGGAGACAUCGCUGAAGAUGAAUUUUUUCCAUCUUGAUUUACUUGGGGACCCCCGAGAGAGCCAGCCCUUCCUGUCCUCUGUGGUUGAUGGAGUGCUGCUGCCAAAGUUGCCGGAGGAGCUUCUAGCUGAAAAGCAGCUCAACUCCGUUCUGUACAUCGUUGGAAUCAACCAGCAAGAGUUUGGCUGGAUUCUUCUAAUGACGAUGGGUUACCCGAUCUCUGAAGGCAAACUGGACCAGAAGACGGCCUCAUCACAAUGGCAGUCCUACUCCUUCACUGACAUCCCUGAGGCACUGGUCCCAGUGGUCACUGAGAAGUAUUUAGGAGGGACAGAGGACCCUGUCACAAAGAAAGACCGGUUCUUGGAUUUGCUGGGAGACGUGGCAUUUGGUGUCCCAGCUGUGACUGUGGUGCGUGGCCACAGAGAUGCCGGAGCCCCCACCUACAUGUAUGAGUUUCGGUAGCGCCCAAGCUUCUCGGCAGUCACGAGGCCCAAGACGGUGAUAGGGGACCAUGGGGAUGAAAUCUCAGUCUUCGGGGCUCCAUUUUUAAAAGACGGUGCCUCCGAAGAGGAGAUCAAACUCAGCAAGAUGAUGAUGAAAUUCUGGGCCAACUUCGCACGGAAUGGGAACCCCAACGGGGACGGGCUGCCCCAUUGGCCCGUGUAUGACCAGGAGGAAGGGUACCUGCAGAUGGGCGUACCCACCCAGGCAGCCCAGAAGCUGAAAGAUGAGGAAGUGGUGUUUUUCACCGAGCUCCUUGCCAAGGACACAGCCAGGACGUCACCCCAAACAGAGCAUAUUGAGCUGUUAAGGAGAGGCCCAUCCAGCCUCUAGGAUCUAGGGGAGCUUAGGGGUAAUUCUACAGAAGGUGUUUAUGGCCAAAAAGGUUCCUUAGUGUCUGGUCGG